CGGAAUUCCAAGUAUGAAGUAUUGCUACGACGCACUGCUUUUACUGAUAUCCUUGUGCUGCCUGGUUCGGCCAGCGGUGGUUCUUGCAUCAGAGCGUUCCGUUGGUAAUGUUCGGCAGGACCAAGUUUGGAAACCUGACUGGGCACCUAGCUGGGAACCGUCUCACCAAAUACCUAGACCAAGCAAUACAAUUCAUAUUACCCAGUGUCGACCGGUGUACGCGAGAUACUUUUGUCUCAAUAGAGGAACAUGUUUUUUUGUUGAGACAGGAGAGUACGGUUGUGAGUGUGCGCAUGGUUUCAUGGGUCAAAGAUGUGAAUACAAAAGUUUAGAAGGAUCGUAUACACUAUUUGGUGACAACAACGCGACGUAAUAUUUCAUAUCAGAAUAGAUGUAAAGUAAGUUAUUGGCCGAGCCUUUCCAACGAUGAUGAACCGCUGCAAACUUCGUAGUAAAACUCAUCGCAAUGAUUUUCUCGUGUGAAGAAUGAAUUCA